AUGGCCACAUCCGUGUCUUCGGGGCAGGACUUCGCAUCCGAUCAAGCCAAUAACCUCCCUCACGCCGUUCUCGUGGGCUUCUCUGGCCCCUCCUCCGCCGGCAAAACUACCUUUUCCCAUCUCACUAGCUACGUCUUCGCCGCUCGUAUCGCUCGCAUCCUCUACGGAGACGAUUUCCGUAAAGAGCUGGGCCUGAUAUCAACGGUGAAUGGCUAUAUCGAUACAGAUGGCAUCUACGGCGUCGAUUUCAAGCAGGUGCAGGGGUGGUAG